CCCGAGAUUGGGAGCUCCGGGAUCGAGAUGCUGGAGACUGACACCUUCAAGCUGCACUGCUUCCAGACACUGACAGGGAUCAAAUUCGUGGUUCUCGCUGACCCGAGGCAGGCGGGAAUAGACUCCCUUCUCCGCAAGAUCUACGAGAUUUACUCUGACUUUGCACUGAAGAACCCUUUCUACUCACUGGAGAUGCCAAUCAGAUGCGAACUGUUUGACCAGAACUUGAAGCUUGCGCUGGAGGUGGCCGAGAAGGCUGGACCCUUUGGGCCAGGAUCGUAG